AUGGCAGCGAACACGACGCUGGUGGUGGCAGUUGCCAUUCUUUUGGCAAUCGCGGUCUACCUCAAUACCGUUCCGGCAGACUUCGCCUACGAUGACAACCGAGCCAUCGUGGGCAACCAGGACGUCCGACCCACGGAACCUCUCCUCAAUUUGUUCAGGAACGAUUUCUGGGGAACGCCGAUAUCGCAUUCCGGCUCCCACAAGUCGUACCGGCCUCUGUGCAUUCUCUCGUUCAGGUUGAACUAUCUGAUCAGUGGUUUAGAUCCUCGGAGUUACCAUCUUCUCAACGUGCUUCUGCAUGCGGUUGUGGCUGCGUUGUUCGCGUGGCUCGCCGGGACCUUGUUCGACUGGGAGGAGGUUCCAACUUUUCUGGCCAGCAUAAUGUUCUCCCUACAUCCAGUGCAUACCGAGGCGGUCGCCGGUGUGGUUGGUCGUGCCGACGUCGGUGCUUGUGCGUUUUUCCUCUUGGCUCUGGUUGCCUACAUGAAAUACUGCGAAAGCCGCGCCGGUGAGAGCAUCGAAUCGAAACUCCACAAGAAAACAUAUCUUCGAACAACUUCGUGUCUCGCGCUGGCCAGCAUGCUCACGAAAGAGCACGGUAUCACCGUACUGGCGGUCUGUGCGGUCUACGACCUGUUCGUCACCCAACGAUGCAGUGUCAUGGAUAUCGUGAGCAUGCUACGGAACAAGCCCGCGAAAAAACGCAUUCAGACCGAAGGCCUGAAAAGUUUGGCGUGCACGACGUGCGCGCUCGUGUUGAUUCGUUUAUACGUGAUGGGAUUCACGAAGCCCUCGUUCUCGAGCUCUGACAACCCGAUCGCCAGCGACAAAUCUCUUCUCACGAGAACUCUGACGUUUCUCUAUCUGCCCGUGGUCAAUCUCCAGCUUUUGUGCUACCCGAAAUGGCUGAGUUUCGACUGGUCGAUGAACUCCAUACCGCUGAUACGCUCAAUCGAGGAUUCCCGUAACUUGCUGACCUUGUUCCUUUACUCCGUGCUCUAUUUCAUCGGAAGCCGGAUUUGUCGUGCUCUCAACAACCGUGCGGAUAUAACUUGCAACAUCAACAACAACGACGAGCCCUGUCAGUGUGAGACGAAUACGAGGAUCGACGCCGGUGUUCUCGGCAUGGCCAUGCUGAUCCUGCCGUACCUGCCGGCAUCGAAUCUAAUUUUCUACGUGGGUUUCGUCGUAGCUGAACGAGUGCUCUACAUACCCUCGAUGGGCUACUGCAUUCUCAUCGCCAUAGGAGCGGAUUACCUCCUGAAAAACAUGCCGAGCGUCAAAUAUAUUUGGAUGACGACGCUGGCGUUGCUCGUUGUGAGCUACAUGGCACGGACCGUGCAGCGGAACGAAGACUGGCUCACGGAAGAAAGUCUCUACAAGUCCGGCAUCGCUGUCAAUCCGCCAAAAUCUUACGGCAACCUCGGAAACGUCUUGAGUCAAGCGGGCCGGAAGAGUGAAGCGGAACAGGCCUACAGGAAGGCCGUGCAACACCGGCCGAACAUGGCUGACGUGCAUUAUAAUCUCGGUUUGUUGAUGCACGAACAGGGUCGCUACGACGAAGCGCUUGAAAGUUACCAGACCGCCGUGCGAUAUCGGCCUACGCUGGCCUUGGCGCACCUGAACAUCGGUUUGAUCCUCGUCAUCUUGGGUAGGAAACAGGAGGCCGAGACGGUGUUCAAGCACACGGCCUCGAUCGAUGGCACGGGACUCAAAGAUCCCAAGCUGCACGAAGUCACCAAAACCUCGGCGCUCUACAAUUUGGGCAAACUGUACACAGAUGCGGGAAAGCAUCAUCUCGCUCUGAAAGUGUUCGAGAAAGCUGUGACCACGAUGCCCCGCUCCUAUCAGCCUCAGUCCCUGUACAACAUGAUCGGGGAGACUUACGCCCGCAUGGAGAACUUCACCGCCGCCGAAAAAUGGUAUCUCGAAGCGCUCAACGUCAAGCCCGACCAUGUGCCCGCAAUCUUGACCUAUGCGAAGCUGCUGAGCAAAGUCAAUAAAUCCGCUCAGGCAGAGAGUUUAUUCAAAAGAGCGAUCGAGCUGCGGCCUGGAGACGUCGACUCCUUCCGGCACUACGGACAGUUUCUGCAGGACGCGAAACGACCUCAGGAUGCCGCCAAAAUAAUUUCGAAAGCCGCUCGACUCAUGCCGUACGAUUUUGACACGGUUUUCGCGGCGGCUAGCGCCCUCCGUGAGGCGAAACGCAACGAAGAGGCGGAGUCUUUCUACAGGAAGGCGGUUCGCUUACGUCCUCGGGAGGCCGCCGCUCACAUGAAUCUUGGCGCAAUGCUUCACGUCAACGGCAAAUUGCACGAGGCUGAACAAUCAUAUCUCGAAGCGCUUCGUUUGAAACCAUCUGAUGCUCAGACGGAAGCAAACCUAGCCAAACUGAGACAGUUGCUCAACAAGCAGACCGUGAGAUGA